AAUUCAUAUAAACGUAGAUUCAGAUCUUAUAUUUAUUAUAAUUGUACUUUGAGAGUCACUGAGUAAAUAUAAAAAUGAUUAGUAAUAAUUUUUAUUCGUCUCGUAUUUUAAAAAUUGUUGUUGUUAUAAUUUUUUUAAUAUACAAAGUUCUUGCGGUAAAUGAUAAAAUCGAUGUUCAACCCCCUGAUUAUAACAGUAUUUUUGACCAUUCAUUUUUACAUGUAACAAGUACAUUUGAAAACAAUAUUACAACAUGGAUCCCCGUAAAUGGAAAAGAAGACAUAAACUAUUCAUUAAUAAGUCCAGAUGAUAUUGCAUUAUUAUCAAAGGCUUGCAAAAACGAUUAUAUUUGUAGAAAAAAUAAAAUUAAUAGUUUAAACAACUUAAAAACAAUAUUAGAAUCUUUGGAAUGUUUUCAUGUUUAUUUAUGUCUACACAUUUUAAAUAUUUUUGAUAACGAUAUUACGAACAAAAAAAAAAAUCCAAAUUAUAAAUUAAUAUUAGGAUAUCAACAUGUAAGAGAUUACGCUGUAAAAAUGAUAUCAUUUUUUACUUAUGGCAAGUUUAAGGUUAACCCUUGGCAGUUUGACUUUUCAAUGAAAGUUAUUGAUAUAGUAAAUCUUGAAAAAAACAGAAAUAAAUCGUUUGAAGACAUAUUAGUACAUAUUAAUGAUCCAUCGUUAUUAUCAUCUAUGAAUGAGUUUUGCGAAAAUUGUAAAAGAUCUAAUCAAUUUUUUGCAACAUUUACUUCAGUUUUAACUAAAACAUACCAAGACAAACUUGAUCCAUUCAGAGUUUCUAAAAGUGUUAAAUCUAUUAUAUCGAGAAUUUUUUCAAGAUUAAAAAUUAAUUGUGUAAUUAAAAUGGACAGAAUAUCUCUCAUGUUAAUAAAAAUAGCAAACCAACAAGAUAUAGAAAUUGACCCAGAUUUUGAAAAAAAAAAACAAGAAUUUCUUGAAAGUCUUAAAUUAAGUAAACUUGAAAUAAAAACUCACGAGAGAAAUACCGCUAAUCACAUAAAUUUGUAUUCAACUGUAAAGCAUCUAGGAAAAUGUCUACAAGCUAGUUAUUUUUAUCGUGCAUGUAUAAUACAGCCUACAACAUGUUGCAAAAAAGUAUUAAGACAAACAAUGCACAUCUAUAAAAAAAAUAAGAUUAUUUUAACUGAUGAAUCCAAAAAUAACUUAAGUAAUGUAAACUAUGGUAAAAUUAACGAAGAAGUAGCUAUAAAAGAAUUUAAAAAAAAAACUAAUAUAGAGAUUGAACCAUGUGGUGUAUUUAUUGACGAAAAUUUGAACUACUUAAUUGCAAGUCCAGAUGGUUUGAUUGGAAGUGAUGGUAUCAUUGAAGUAAAAUGUCCUAUUAAAAUCAGAGACAGGAUUCCUCAAGAUGCUAUUAAAGAUAAUAUAUUAAAAUACGUCUAUUUUGACAAAAAUGGAAGUCUAUUACUUAAACGUACUUCUCGACAGUUUUAUCAAAUACAAGGAGAAUUGCAUAUAACAAAAAGACAAUAUUGUUAUUUCAUAAUUUGGUCUCAAAAAGGAAUGAUUUAUACAAAAAUAAUUCGUGAUGACAAAUUUUGGAAUGAUAAUAUGGAAAGUCAACUAAUUGAUUUUUACGAAAAUCGCAUGAUACCUGAGUUAAUCAGUCCUCUAUUAUUUAAAAAUAACGAAAUUUAAACUGAUAAUGUGGUUUUUUGUUCAGAUAUUAAUAAUAAAUUGAUUAUAUAUUUUUGUGUUACUACACCGUGAUUUUUUUCUAUCAUAAACUACUCAAUAGCUAACAAAAAAAAAUUAAUUUUGAAAAUUUUUUUUACUGACUACCUUUAGUUUGCCUAAAUUUUAUGUAUGUAUGUAUGUAUAAAAAUAUAAGCGUGUUA